AUGUCGGGGCGGCAGGAGGAGGCUCUGCCCGCCUGCUUUGCGGGGCUGGGUGCGGGCAGCCCGCGGCCGCGGCAGAAGCGCGGCGGGAUGUUCUGCAGCGUGGAGGAUGCCUUCGACAACAAGACGCUGAACUUCGCCUCGCUCGCUGCCUCCGGAACAGCUACACCCGUCGGGGGGCAGCGCCGCGACCCCCACCCGGGACCGAGCCCCGAGCCCGAGCCGGGUCCCGCCGCGGCCGCGCUGCCCCCGAGAGCGGCUCCGGCUGCGCUGCCCGACGGCUGCCGGCAGAGUGACCAGAUUCUAAUCAAAGGAGGAAAAAUUGUCAACGAUGAUCAGUCAUUUUAUGCAGACGUUUAUGUGGAGGACGGCUUAAUAAAGCAGAUCGGAGAGAAGCUGCAGGUGGCGGCGGGCGCCAGGACCAUCGACGCCCACGGGCAGCUGGUGAUGCCGGGCGGCAUCGACGCGCACACGCGGCUGCAGGCGCCCGCCCGGGGCAUGAGCUCGGCCGACGGCCUCUGCCAGGGCACCAGGGCGGCGCUGGCAGGAGGCACCACCAUGAUCAUCGAGCACGUGUGUCCCGAGCCCGGGGCCAGCCUGCUGGCCGCCUACGAGCAGUGUCGCGGCCGCGCCGACAGCCAGAGCUGCUGCGACUACGGGCUGAGCCUGGACAUCCCGCGCUGGCACGACAGCCUCCGCGAGGAGAUGGAGGCGCUGGCCAAGGACAAGGGUGUGAACUCCUUCCUGGUGUUCAUGGCCUACAAGGACAAGCUGCAGUGCACCGAUGGCCAGAUGUACGAGAUCUUCUGCGCCGUGCGGGAUCUGGGGGCCAUCGCCCAAGUGCACGCCGAGAACGGAGACAUCAUCGAGGAGGAGCAGAAGAGGCUGCUGGAGCUGGGCAUUACGGGGCCAGAGGGGCACGUCCUGAGCCGCCCUGAGGAGGUGGAGGCAGAGGCCGUGUUCCGUGCCAUCACCAUCGCCAGGCAGGCCAACUGUCCCCUCUAUGUCACCAAGGUGAUGAGCAAGGGUGCUGCAGAUGUGCUGGCUCAGGCGAAGAGGAAAGGCACCGUGGUGUUCGGGGAGCCCAUCACCGCCAGCCUGGGCACCGACGGCUCCCACUACUGGAGCAAGAACUGGGCCAAAGCCGCCGCCCUGGUCACGUCCCCGCCCGUCAGCCCCGACCCCAGCACGCCCCAUCACCUCAGCACUCUGCUGGCCAGCGGGGACCUGCAGGUCACGGGCAGUGCCCACUGCCCCUUCAGCACUGCGCAGAAAGCCGUGGGCAAGGACAACUUCACCCUCAUCCCCGAGGGCACCAACGGCAUCGAGGAGAGGAUGGCCAUCGUCUGGGAGAAGUGCGUGGUCCCUGGGAAGAUGGAUGAGAACGAUUUCGUGGCGGUGACCAGCACCAACGCUGCCAAGAUCUUCAACUGCUACCCCAGGAAGGGGCGCGUGGCUGUGGGCUCCGACGCAGACCUGGUGCUCUGGAACCCCAAGGCUACGAAAAUCAUCUCAGCAAAAACCCACAAUUCGAACGUGGAGUACAACAUAUUUGAAGGCACCGAGUGCCACGGGGUCCCAACCGUGGUCAUAAGUCAGGGAAGAGUUGUCCUUGAAGAUGGAAAUCUGAAUGUCACCCAGGGCUCCGGCCGCUUCAUCCCGAGGAAGACAUUCCCUGACUUCGUUUAUAAGAGGAUAAAGGCAAGGAACAGGCUGGCCGAGGUGCUGGGCGUGCCCCGGGCCAUGUACGACGGCCCUGUGCACGAGGUGCCGGCGAGUGUCAAGGCCGUGGCUCCCGGCGUGGCCCCGCGCCCCGCGCCCUGCGCCGGCAAAGCCGCGGCGCCGCCCGUGCGCAACCUGCACCGCUCCGGCUUCAGCCUGUCCGGGUCACAGGCCGAUGACCACAUUGCCCGGCGCACGGCGCAGAAGAUCAUGGCCCCGCCAGGAGGGAGGUCCAACAUCACCUCGCUGUCCUGACACCGUCCUGGUGCUGUCCUGGUGCUGUCCUGACACUGUCCUGACACCGUCCUGGUGCUGUCCUGAC